CCACGGUUGAAGCAACCUCGAGUAGGUCACCAUCUGAGCCCAGAAUUUUCAAAAACCAAAGUAGCUGCAGUAGGUUUGAAUCACCAAUUGUUUGUUUAUCAACCCAACAACAACCCCAUCCUCUCUUAAAACCUUCACAAUCGACCACCAUGCCCACCCCCAAUUCACCCUUCCUCAUCAACCAUGAAUUCCUCUGCACCAUCACUCUGUUUCCUGCUAUUCACCCUCUUAGCAGCCGCCGCCAUUCCCAGCUGCCACUCCAAGACGGUGCAGUUCAUAUUCGGCGACUCACUCUCCGACGUCGGGAAUAAUAUGUACCUUUCAAGGAGCUUAGCUCAGGCAAACUUGCCCUGGUACGGCAUUGACUUCGGCAAUGGACUCCCUAAUGGAAGGUUCAGCAAUGGCCGCACUGUUGCAGACAUUAUCGGUGAUGAAAUGGGUCUACCCAGACCACCGGCUUUUCUCGAUCCCUCGCUAAGUGAAGAUGUAAUUCUGGAAAAUGGAGUGAAUUACGCAUCUGGGGGUGGAGGAAUCUUGAACGAAACUGGAGGCUACUUCAUUCAGCGGUUUGGUCUGUACAAACAAAUUCAGCUCUUUCGAGGGACGCAAGAACUGAUCAAAGCCAAAAUCGGGGAAGAAAAGGCCAAGGAGUUCUUCGAAGAAGCUCGAUACGUGGUUGCUUUGGGAAGCAACGAUUUCAUUAACAAUUAUCUCAUGCCCGUUUACUCCGAUUCGUGGAAAUACAACGAUCAAACAUUCAUCACUUAUUUGAUGGAAACCCUUCGCGAUCAACUCAAGUUGUUAUACAGUUUGGGGGCAAGGCAAUUGAUGGCGUUUGGGCUGGGUCCAAUGGGCUGCAUUCCGCUGCAAAGGGUACUCACUUCAUCCGGCGAUUGCCAAGACAGAACCAACAAUUUGGCCCUCAGCUUCAACAAAGCUGCCAGUGGCCUUCUUGAUGGCCUCGCCACCAGGCUUCCAAAUGCCACCUACAAAUUCGGAGAUGCUUAUGAUGUUGUCGCCGACGUUAUUAGCAACCCCGGCAAAUAUGGGUUUAGUAACUCGGAUUCGCCAUGUUGCUCAUUUGGGAGGAUCCGGCCGGCCCUUACAUGCAUUCCGGCGUCGGUGCUGUGCAAAGAUAGAAGCAAAUAUGUGUUUUGGGAUGAAUAUCACCCUUCGGACAAGGCUAACGAGUUGAUUGCUAAUGAACUCAUUAAGAAAUUUGGGUUUUCAAGAGUUAAUCAAAACGGAGCUCCAUCUCCAGCCCCUGAUGCUGAGGCGGAUCCAGCCCCAGCUCCGGCGGCGGAUCCAUCUCCUUCUCCAUUGAUUUCUCCUUCCCCACAGUGACUUCAAAAUUAGACCUUUGUCUUGAGAUCUUUUCCAAUACUUAUUCUGUGCCUUCUUUUUAUUAUUAUUAUUAUUGUACUAUGUGAUUUUUGUUUC